AUGGAAUUUCCUCCUGCCUUCUAUAGAGAGUCAGGCCAGGGGUACUAUCAACCAAACCCUGGAUGUUACAAUUGCAAGGAGCAGCCACAAAUUUUACUGGCUGAGAGUUCUUUGCCCAAGGACUCUAAGAAAGGGAAGUCUAUCAUCCUGCGUGAAGAACGCAGGUCGGAACUAGAAGAGAAAGUGCCCUUCUCUUCCAAGAUCUUGGAGGAGAAACUACCGAAAGGAUACAGACCCCCCGCUAUCGGGGAAUAUGAUGGAAGCAAAGAUCCUGAGGAUCAUCUCUGCAAAUUCAGGAAUUCGGCCUUGCUACACCAACACAGCGACGCUGUUAAAUGUCGUAUGUUCCUGAACACUCUGUCGGGCUCUGCCCAAAAAUGGUUCGACGGGUUACCACAUGGGUCCAUCACAUGUUUCUCUGAUUUCAAGAUUGCUUUCCUGCACCACUUCGCCAGCAGCAGGAAGUACCAGAAAACUAACCACUGCUUGUUCGCGCUCAAGCAAGGGUCCGCUGAGCCACUGAGAAGCUAUAUCAAGCGUUUCAAUCAAGUGGCUCAGGAAGUUCCCUCGGCCACAUCUAAAAUACUCAUGAGCGUCUUCUCCCAUGGGUUGACCGAGGGAGAGUUCUUUAGGGAGCUCAUCAGAAAUCCUGUAAGGAAUUUUGAUGAGAUGCUGGAGAAGGCGACCAUCUAUAUCAACGUGGAGGAAGUGCAAGCGGCACGAAGGAAGGCAGACAAACCACCUCCCGCUACCAACAGACCCAAAAGAAGAGCACCUCAACCGCCUGCUCAACCUCUUCCACAUGCUCGGGACGCCAAACCAACCUUCCAUCCCGGUCAGGACGCCCGACCAGUACUGCGUGUAGCCACAGUUCAGGUCCAGCGAAUGAUAGAAGAGCAGCGCAAGGCAGCAAAGCAGGCUAAUCGACCUCGGGCUGAACAGGAAAGGCAGAACAUGCCACAACAAGGGCACGCUGGAGAACCCGUAGAAGCCUGGGAGGUAGAAAACAGGGGCAACACGGCUAUCAGAGACAUAGGCAUGAUCUCUGGCGGUCCUACCGAGGAAGAUUCGGGCCGGGCGUGCAAGUCUCAUGAGCGUCGGCUGGAGAUCCAUGCUGUGGGGUGCAGUCAAGAGCAUGCUGCUGGCCCAGUCAUCAACUUCGGACCGCAAGACCUAGAAGGGCUGGAGCUGCCUCAUGAUGACGCCUUCAUAAUCAAAGCUAUUAUAGCCAACAGCCGAGUGGCCAGAGUCUUUGUAGAUACUGGCAACUCCGUCAAUGUCUUGUUCAGGUCGGCUUUCGAGAAAAUGCAAAUUGACGCCAGUGAGCUCCAGUCGAUAGCCACUUCUCUAUAUGGCUUUACUGGUAAUGAAGUAAGGUCCAUGGGUCAGAUCAAGCUGGCUAUAUCCUUGGGAAGUGAGCCAUUGGUCAGGACCAGGAGGAGCACCUUUCUUCUAGUUGACUCGCCCUCCUCUUACAAUGUCAUUCUAGGACGACCAGCUUUGCAUGAAUUCCGGGCGGCAGUUUCUACAUUUCAUCAGAAAAUCAAAUUCCCUGUCGGAGAUCAGGUCGGGGAAGUUAGGGGAGAACAGCGGGUCUCUCGGCGGUGCUACAUUGACAUGGUCAAAGUAGAAGCUCGCAAAGCAUAG